UAGAUUUACAAUCUUUCUAGUGCUGAAAGAAAGAUUUCUACGUUUUUCGAAUGGUUUUAGAUAAAUUAAAAAGCAUCAAAACAAUGCCAAUACGCAGCUCACUUUUUAAUAUUAUAUUCAAAAGUUUUUCUACAUCAACAAGAUGUAAUCAAAUAAUUAAGCUGACAAGAUUAAGAGUUGUGGAUAAUAGCGAAAUUGGAAAACAGGCUAUGAUGGAAGGAAAACCUCCACGCUGUAUUCAUGUUUAUAAUAAAAUUGGAGUUGGUUACAUAGGGGACAAAGUACUAGUUGCCAUAAAAGGUGAGAAGAAAAAAGGUAUAUUAGUUGGUUUGAGACAGCGUCAAAAUCCAAAGGUACCUAGAUUCGACAGUAAUAACAUAGUACUCAUAGACGAUAACGGAACACCGUUGGGCACUAGGAUUCAUGUACCUAUUCCUCAUAUUCUUCGAACAAUCAUGAAAGAAAAGACACACUCCAAAGGUGCAGAUUAUACGAAAGUGUUAGCUAUUGCUACUAGGUUCAUAUAACACGUAUAAAUCCAUGUAUAACCACUUGUACAUCUGAAAUAAAAAUUGUACAUGCAUACAUAUAAAUUUAUGUGCAUGCAUAUAUAUUGUAUGUGUACAUAUGUUUAGGG